GGAAGUCAAGAUAUAUUACUUUUGUGCACGUUGUGCACACAGCACAGUGUGUCUGUGUGCAUAUUUAGGCCUCUCUCCCGCUCCGGCUGCAGCGCCUCACGCCUCUCUACCAUGCGAAUCCGCUCCAUGAACUGCGUCACUCGACGCACGCGAGUCGCGCCCAGCCGCACAGCGCGAGCUUCCGCGUGGGCGCCGGACGCGGCCCCGCCCGUGGCGCUGCGGCCGCCGCCGCUGGGGCUUGCGAGGGCGGGGCGAAGCAGAGCCGACUGAGCGCGCGGCUAGCGUGCGUGCAGCGGUCUUCCUUGGCGCUGGCCGCGGCGGCGGGCGGCGGGCCGCGCGCCGCGGCGGGCUCGCUCGAUGCCGGACGGAGGGCGAGCCCUGCCGGAUUUGCCACCUGCUCCAGCGCCCGCGCCUCCCC